AUUCCUGCUGUUGACUUCUGACUGACGCGGCCAGAGAGCGCCCUUUCUAGUCGGCGCGGCCGCUAAGGGGUCACCGAGAAUUCUCCUGCUCCACCUUAAGCCGCCAAGGGUAGGGAGGCUACGGGAGGCAACAGCGCCUCCUUAAGCGGCUGCGGGUCCCGCUCGGGCGGUGGUGGAGGCGGCGGCGCGUGCGGCUGGGGGAAGGGGAGGGAGGAGCUCGCGCUGCCCGGACCAGCCCGCGCGCCGCCGCUUCCAGCAGCAGCAGCGCCUGCCGGGCGGAGGGUCUAGUUCGCGCCGUGCGGGCAAGAGCUGAGGCCAAGGCGGAGCGGCGCACGGGGGCUGCGAAGCCCCGGGGGAGGCGGCAACACGAUGGCCGGGCCCCCGCCGCCGCCCCCGGGCCAGGAGGCGCCGCGUUACCAAGAGUGGAUCUUGGACACCAUUGACUCGCUGCGCUCGCGCAAGGCGCGCCCGGACCUGGAGCGCAUCUGUCGCAUGGUGCGCCGGCGGCACGGCCCGGAGCCGGAGCGCACCCGCGCCGAGCUGGAAAAGCUCAUCCAGCAGCGCGCCGUGCUCCGCGUCAGCUAUAAGGGAAGCAUCUCGUACCGCAACGCUGCGCGGGUCCAGCCACCCCGGCGAGGCGGAACGCCCGCCGCCAGUCCGGCGGCCCCGCAGAGGCCGGCCCGCACUUCCCCGCCCAGCGCUCCCGCCGCCACCGCGCCGCCCCGGUCCUCCCAGCGUGCAGCGCCUCGCGCAGAGCCAGCCGCGCCCCCGCCACCUCUUCCUCCGCCACCACCUCCUCCUCCUCCUCGGCGGACCGGCCGGGAGCGACCGCCGCCUCCCCCACCCCAAGAGGAGUCCUCCCCCGUUAGCCUAAGAGAGAUUGUGCGCUACUUGGGCGGCGACGGCACCGCGCCGGGGGGCGGCCGAGUGACUCGAGGCCGAGCACAGGGGCUGCUCCAAGAGGAGAGGCUGGAGAGGACUCGCUUGGGUGGUGGCGGGGGCGGCGGCAACAACGUCGCUUUGCCCAGGGCGGAGAGAGGCGCGCAGGCCCGGGCUCCCAAUGCCAGGGCGUAUAGGAACAAGAAAGCAGGUGAGGAGGUCAAGGGUGAAGAAGAAGAAGAGGAGGAGGAGGAGGAGGAGGAGGAAGAGGAUGAAGCCUCCACUAUGUCUGAAGGUUCAGAAGUGGCACAAGAUUAUGAAGCCAGCAACUAUAGCAGACCUGGGAUAGGCCAGGUGAAUGGGGACUGUAAGGACAGCAAGCAUGGUGGGAAAGAGAUCCCACCCAGCAGUGCCCUCACCAGAAACCUGCGCUCCCUUCAGGAGCAGCCCUUGGACAAAGGAUUGGAGCAGCCUCACCAUGAAGAAAAUGAGCAUUGUCAUACAAAGGCCUCUUGGCCUGGAGAAAGUGCCUGUCACCAUCUGGGGGGCAGCAAGAAAGAUGGCAGCACCUAUCAGCAGCCAGACAGAGCAGUGUCACCAGCUGUUGCAGGUACUGAGCCCUCUGUGCCCUCAUCUCCUGGGAGACCUGGCAUCCAGGCAGAUGGGAGACCAUUCAGUUGCACCUCGGUGAAGGAGAAGCCGUCUGACCCAGUGGAAUGGACUGUGAGUGAUGUUGUGGAUUAUUUCACAGAAGCUGGGUUUGCUGAGCAAGCAUCUGCCUUUCAAGAACAGGAGAUCGAUGGGAAGUCUCUGCUGCUGAUGCAGCGCACUGAUGUGCUGACUGGCCUGUCUAUCCGCCUGGGACCUGCCCUCAAGAUCUACGAGUACCACAUCAAGGUGCUGCAGCAGUGCCACUUCGAGGAGGAUGAGGGCGACUCCUUCAUGGGCUGAGAACGGGCACAGCUUGUGGAGGGAGGGAGGGAGGGAGGGGGGAGGGGGAAAGAAGUAAAUGGGGACUCUGCCAGCCGCUACUGUCUCAGCCAUUUCAGCCUUUCUCUGCCUCCAUGAAAACAAGAGAGCAGCUGUGUGGGAAGGGCUUUUUGACCAGAAAUUGUGAGAGAAGGGUGGGGACCAGAAAUGAUGAUCCAGGCUUUGUGGCUUCUCAAUCCUGGUUGUCCAGAGACAGAAAAAAGUAGCGAGGGAGGGAGGGAGGGCUGCAAAAUCCCAUUCUCUCAUCCUAUCUGUGUUAUCUACCCCAGCUUUUUACUUGCCACAGUGCACUGGCUGUUCUUGGGAAAGGGUGGAGAGGUGGGAUUUUGCUCCUCUUCCCAGCCGCAAUUUAACUGAGAUAAUUUGUGCUUCAGCACCCCCUCCUUGCCCCACCACAGUAGCACUUGAUGGCCCGACUUGUUCCCUCCCUUUGUUGCUGUGAUCAAGGCAAAGAUAGAGCCUGCUGGAGGUGUCAGGAGGUUUUAAUCAAAUAUCUUUUUAUUCUCUUUUCUGUUUGGGUAGGCUUUUCUUCCAAUUUUCAUGUCGUUGCCCAGAGUCAACUACUUUUUAUUAUUUCUUUCCCAUUUUAAAAAAAUAUAAAUAUUUAAACUGGAAAAAAAAUCCCAAUUGGUUUAGUAUUCCCAGACCUGUUAGCCCUCUGGAAGGGGUAAUGGAACACCUAAAAUGAACACGUGUCUAACGGAUGAAUGUGUGUGUAAGAGGGGGUAGAAGUUCUGAAUUCUGCUCUUAGCUCCUGGGCUGGGGGAGCUGAGUGUCAUCAAUUAUUUGAAAGCCGUUCUGAUAUACUGAUUAGCCAACAGUUGGGAGUAGAAUGGAGGAGUUCUGGCUUGGUUCUUAGCACGAUGAUCAACUGGGGUAAAAGUACAGUAACAAUUGCACAAUCACAAAAGAGUCUAAAGUUAAACACUUAGGAUUUAGAGAAAGGCUCUUUAUGGUGGCAGGGGCACAUAACCCGUGUGUGUGUGUGUGUAUUCACAGCCAAUGGCUUACCUAAUGUUCUUACAUGGGAAGUAUAGCAGAUAAUAUCAGCAAUGUAAAUGCUUUGUGAACUGGAAAAAGAGUGGGGAUGGGAACUGCCCACGAGCCCUGUUUAAGAAAACGUGGUGGUGGUUUUUGCUACCUUAAGACUAGAUCUUGUUAAAACAGGCCAAGCCCAUAAAGGUAGACUGUAACAGCAAGAGGAGGCUGUUUGCACACAUCAAGUGGAGAGGACCUAGCUGGGCCACACUACACAAAAUCUGAGUAUUCUUGGUGAUUUUGAGUGUUCACUGUACGUAAUCUUGAAUACCCCCAGUUGCUUAGGAAACAUUUGUUCCACAAAUCAGUUUGAAACUAAUUUCACUGUCAUGGCUUUCUAUAAAGAACUAUAGGAACAGAAACUUGGUUGAGGUUGCUGAGCCCUCUUUCUUGUACUAUCUUGUACCCUUUAUUAAACUGCAGUUCAGCUGCAGUUCCUAGAAUUCAUUUUUUAAGAGCCAUGGCAGGGGGGUUUGAAACUGGUAUAGAUUUGGAAUGUAGACAGGACCUUAGUGCAGUGUGAGGAUUGAUGGGUAGGUAAUGUAGUUGCCUUGUUUUGUUGUGACCCAGAAACAAGAGAAGUGUAUGUAGAGACGCACCCCAACAUGCAUGACUAGAGGAAUGCACAGCUAGACAGGAGCACACUGAAUUUAUGUUCUCAAAUUUUUAUUUGGAACCAUGAGGGCUAGAAACUUAUUGUUUGAACUUUGAAAGCAGAGGUUCUCAAUGUUGUAGCACAAAAGUGCCUCAGGGGCUUACAUACCGGCUGCAUGUUGCCCCCUAUUGCACUAGACCCUAUUUUGUCCAGAGCUGGGAAUAAAAAACAAGAUUUUUGGGUUCUAA